GUCGGUGCAUUUAGCAUUUGUCGUUGAUCCCGGUUACUCGACGCCCGUGUGAGCGCUGUUGCUAACCUAUUGACCGUAUCUGUUGUGAAGACACUGUGCCAGUGGCUGUCUGUUGGUAGAAGACCCGAAGGCUCACCCGAGUAGAUACAGAGCAAAGUGAAGACGCUACUACUGAGUGAGAACCCACCAGUGGCGGAGGUACUCAACAUUUUCGUCUAAAAAUUAAAGCAAGAUACCAAUCAUUUAUUACGGUGAGUGACAAAGACACACUAUCAUAAAUUUUCAGGGCUGUAGCACAUGAUAUUGAUAUAAUUUCGCAGGGAAAGAUGGCGGAUAUUCAGGUGACGACAGUCAGCCAAGAUGCUCUGUCUGUUGGACAAUUGGAGUUAGGGGGUAAUCCAAAUGCCUUGUCACUACGUAGGCCGUUUGAUCCAGUGGCACAUGAUCUUGAGCCUACUUUCCGCUUAACGCGGUUCGCGGACCUAAAAGGAUGAGGGUGUAAAGUCCCUCAGGAAGUUCUUGGUAAACUUCUCGAGGGACUACAGGCCGACGACAGUAGUGCUCAGGAUCAUGAACAUGCUCACUUUAUGCACAUGGCUAUUCCACGUAUUGGAAUUGGCAUGGAUUCCUCCGUAACUCCAUUAAGACACGGUGGCCUUAGCUUGGUGCAAACGACAGACUUUUUCUACCCACUAGUCGACGAUCCAUAUAUGAUGGGUAAAAUUGCUUGCGCGAAUGUACUGAGCGACUUGUACGCGAUGGGAGUUACUGAGUGUGAUAAUAUGCUAAUGCUGCUUGGAGUGAGCACCAAGAUGACUGAGAAAGAGCGAGAUGUCGUGGUACCUUUAAUCAUGAGAGGAUUUAAAGACUCUGCCCUGGAAGCUGGCACCACGGUCACUGGAGGUCAAACUGUUGUCAAUCCUUGGUGUACUAUUGGAGGAGUUGCUUCUACUGUUUGUCAGCCCAAUGAAUACAUUGUACCAGACAAUGCAGUUGUGGGUGAUGUUCUUGUUUUAACAAAACCUCUGGGUACCCAAGUAGCAGUUAAUGCUCAUCAAUGGUUAGAUCAGCCUGAUCGUUGGAAUAGAAUAAAAUUAGUUGUCAGUGAAGAUGAUGUACGAAAAGCCUAUCAACGAGCGAUGGACAGUAUGGCCAGACUAAACAGAAUAGCUGCCCGUCUAAUGCACAAAUACAACGCCCACGGAGCAACAGAUGUGACAGGUUUUGGCUUGCUCGGCCACGCGCAAAAUUUAGCCAAGCACCAGAAAAACGAAGUGUCCUUUGUAAUUCACAACUUACCAGUGAUUGCUAAAAUGGCAGCAGUCGCAAAGGCUUGUGGUAACAUGUUCCAGUUGCUGCAGGGACACUCUGCAGAAACCAGCGGAGGACUUUUGAUCUGCUUGCCCCGAGAACAAGCAGCUGCUUACUGCAAAGACAUUGAAAAGCAAGAAGGCUACCAAGCUUGGAUCAUCGGUAUUGUUGAGAAGGGCAACCGCACGGCGAGAAUUAUCGACAAGCCCCGAGUUAUCGAGGUUCCAGCCAAGGAAAAGGAUGGAGAACUUUGGUAGACUGUUCACCAGUGCCACAUCAUCAUCAUCAUCAUUAAUCAUCAUUCUCAUCUAAUAAAUAUCAAGCUUUGUGUUUGUUAUCAAUUAUUAAUUAUUAAUUAAUUAAUUAUUGUCAGAUAAUUACGUUUUAAAUUGAGCUAUUUUUCGUUUGCUUAAAAAUUGUAAUUAGUUUAAAUAUUUUUUUCUAAGGAACCAAUUUAUAAAUAUUUUUUAUGCAAAGUUAGUUAAUUUCUCUCCGAAAUUUUAAAUCAAAAUAAUUAAAGAUAAAAGCAAUUUAAAAUUAGAGAAUAUUUUUUAAUCAAACCAGCUAACUUUUUUUUUUUCUAUAAAUAAGAACAAUGAUUAUAAAUAUAUAUAAAUAUAUACAUAUAAAUAUAUUUUAAUGAAGAGUUAUAGUUUCUAAAUCGUAACAAAAAAUAUUGAAUUUUUUAAUACCUAAAAAAUUCAAAUAAUCGCUCACGCAAUGUUACUUUUUAAAUAAAUAAAUAUAAUAGCUUAAAGAUCACUAUUGAAAUAAAAAAACAAGGCCUAGGCCAUCAUAAAAAUGUAUUAACUUUUCAUACUGAAUAAAAUGCUACUUUGUCAAUAAAA